AUGUCAAAUGCUAAACAAGAACUACAUUAUUAUGGAUUGGAAUUAACAGAAAGAGAACUACAAACUGUUUUUCAAGAUAUUGAUUUAUUUUCUGAAGUUAAUGAAGAGAAUAAUGAUAAUUUAGAUAAUUUAAGCGAAUUUACAAAUUUUUCUGAUCCUGAAAUUGAACACCAAGACUUAGCGCUCGAAAAUUUUAUAGAAUUAAAUAAGGUAGAGCCAGAUGCUGAUGAUGAGAACAUAGAUAGAAAUAAUGAAGAACUUGAUGAUGAAGAAUUUGUUAGUGAAGAAUUUGAUGAAAACAAAUUCGGCGCAGAGGUUGAAGAAUUAGUGUAUAGUAUACAAUAG